CUGUCAGAGCAUCCGGUUAGCGAUGCAAUGUGUCGAGUCAACUCAUAGACUCUGUCUUGCGAGAACUGUCUUGACAAUGAAGAGUUCAUCCCUAUUUGUUCUACUCAUCUUGGCCUUUGGCUGCAUCUCAGAUGUUGCGAGUGAAGAUGAAAUUCAGGAUCCAUGCAGUGCUUUCCGAGCAUUUGCAAAUAAAGAAGGCAGACUUGCCUGCACAAGAGAAAAUGACCCUGUCAGUGGUCCUGAUGGCAAAACCUAUGGCAAUAAGUGUACCAUGUGUGCAGAACUCUUCCUGAAAGAAGCUGAAAACAAAGCAAAGGACAAUGAUAAGGGAGACAGCCGAAGUGAGGAAAAGGAAUUUUGCAAAGACUUUGCAAACAAUGUGACAAAUGGAAUACUCCCUUGUACACGAGAAAAUGAACCUGUCCGAGGUCCUGAUGGAAAGAUUCAUGGAAAUAAGUGUGCUUAUUGUGCAGAAUUCUUCAAAAAACAAUAUGAUGAGGAAAAAAAGAAAGCCGAUGAAGGUCUUAGGAUGUCUGAAGAGAAGAAUAAAGUUAAAAGAGAAACAGAGGCAAUUUGCAAAGAAUUCCAUGAUAUGCUAAAGGACGGCAAUCUCUUCUGCACCAAGGAGCAGGACCCUGUCCGAGGCUUUGAUGGGAAGCAUUAUGGGAACAAGUGCUACAUGUGUGAAGCUUUCUUCAAAGCAGAAGCCGAAGAAAAGAAAAAAAAUGAAAGAUUAAGACCUAAGAGAGAAUCAGCAACUCUCGCCUCAAUCACAGCAAUAUGCAAUGAAUUCCGUGACAUGCUAAGGAAUGGCACACUCUUCUGCACCAGGGAACAUGAUCCUAUCCAAGGCUUAGAUGGGAAGCGUUAUGGGAAUAAAUGCUCCAUGUGUCAAGACUUCUUCAAAGCAGAAGUUGAAGAAAAGAAAAAAAAUGAAAGAUUAAGACCUAAGAGAGAACCAGCAACUCUUGCCUCAAUCACAGAAAUAUGUAAUGAAUUCCGAGACAUGCUGAGGAAUGGCACACUCUUCUGCACCAGGGAACAUGACCCUAUCCUAGGGUUAGAUGGGAAGCGAUAUGGGAAUAAAUGCUCCAUGUGUCAAGACUUCUUCAAAGCAGAAGCCGAAGAAAAGAAAAGAAAUGAAAGAUUAAGACCUAAGAGAGAACCAGCAACUCUUGCCUCAAUCACAGCAAUAUGCAAUGAAUUUCGCGACAUGCUGAGAAAUGGCAGACUCUUCUGCACCAGGGAACAUGAUCCUAUCCAAGGCUUAGAUGGGAAGCGUUAUGGGAAUAAAUGCUCCAUGUGUCAAGACUUCUUCAAAGCAGAAGCUGAAGAAAAGAAAAACAAUGAAAGAUUAAGACCAAAGAGAGAACCAGCAACUCUUGCCUCAAUCACAGCAAUAUGCAAUGAAUUCCGUGACAUGCUGAGAAAUGGCAGACUCUUCUGCACCAGGGAACAUGACCCUAUCCAAGGCUUAGAUGGGAAGCGUUAUGGGAAUAAAUGCUCCAUGUGUCAAGACUUCUUCAAAGCAGAAGCUGAAGAAAAGAAAAACAAUGAAAGAUUAAGACCAAAGAGAGAACCAGCAACUCUUGCCUCAAUCACAGCAAUAUGCAAUGAAUUCCGUGACAUGCUGAGGAAUGGCAGACUCUUCUGCACCAGGGAACAUGACCCUAUCCAAGGCUUAGAUGGGAAGCGUUAUGGGAAUAAAUGCUCCAUGUGUAAAGACUUCUUCAAAGCAGAAGCUGAAGAAAAGGAAAGAGAUGCAGGAUUCAGGACUAAGAGAGAACCUGCCUCAUUCACGGAGCUGUGCAGUCCAUACCGCAACUAUGUGAGGAAUGGACGAAUUCCCUGUACAAGAGAGAAUGACCCCAUUCUGGGACCAGAUGGCAAAAUGCAUGGCAACACGUGCUCUAUGUGUGAAGUCUUCUUUCAACAAGAAGCCAAAGAAAAGGCAGCUAUGGAGACCAGCUCAAUGACAAAGAGAGAAGCUGACAAGGAUUUGUGCAGUGAAUUCCGGGACCAAGUAAGGAAUGGGAGGCUGGCUUGCACCAGGGAGAAUGAUCCUUUCCAAGGCCCUGAUGGCAAAAUGCAUAACAACAAGUGUUCCAUGUGUUCUAGAUUAUUCAAACUGGAAGAGGAAGAGAAGAAAGCCAAAAAUGAGGAAGAAAAAGUAGCUACAGAAAACAAGGUUAAGAGAGAAGCAAUUCAGGAACUGUGUAGUGAAUAUCGAAACUACAUAAGGGAUGGUCGUCUUCCCUGCACCCGAGAGAAUGACCCCAUUCUAGGCCUGGAUGGCAAGAUGCAUGGAAACACAUGUUCCAUGUGUGAAGCUUUCUUCCAACAAGAAGCUAGAGAAAAGGCUGCCACUGCAUCCAGAGCAAUCACGAAGAGAGAAGCUAUCGAGGACACAUGCAAUGAAUUUCGGAGUCUUGUGAGGAAGGGCAAUCUUUUCUGCACCAAAGAAAAUGAUCCAGUUCGGGGCCCAGAUGGAAAAACACAUGGCAAUAAAUGUGCCAUGUGUAAAUCCUUUUUCAAGCAAGAAAAUGAAGAAAAAAUGAGAAAGGAAGAUGAAGCUCGGAGAAAUGCUGAAAGAAAUGACCAUGGGGGCGGUGGAGCAGGAAAACCUGAGGACAAAUGUGCUGAGUUUCGGGAAGAGUGGAAAAAAGGAAGUCUCAGUUGUACCCGUGAGAGUGACCCUGUACGUGAUGCUAGUGGCAAAUCCUAUAAUAACAAGUGUGCUAUGUGUAAGGAAGUCCUGGCUAAAGAAGCUGAAGAAAACAAGAGAAUUGCUAACAACAGGCAAAAUAAUAGUACUACUUAUGAAAAGAUCAACUGUGAUGAGUUCCGUAACCAGAUGAAAGAUGGAAAACUGAUUUGUACACGAGAGAGUGACCCAGUCAGGGGCCCUGAUGGCAAGACCCACGGCAAUAAAUGUGCCAUGUGUAAACAAAUUUUAGAGAAAGAAGCUCAAGACAAAAAAAUCACUGAUGAUAAAAACAAAGACCAGGAUGAGUGUCAUGAAUAUCGCAGUCUAAUGAAUAAUGAAAAAUAUAUCUGCACCAGAGAGAAUGACCCCAUUAGGGGCCCAGAUGGCAAGAUGCAUGUCAAUAAGUGUGCCAUGUGCCGAGCUGUCUUUGAGAGAGAAUCCAAUGAAAGGAAAAGAAUACAAGAAGAAAAUAACAAGAUCAAGUGUCAUGAUUCCCAGAGCCAAAGGAGCAGUGGCAAUCUUGAAAGUUCCAAGGCUGCUGACCCUGUUCAAGUUCAAGCAAUAGUUAAAGGAGAACCUCAGGAGAGAAGUGAAGAAAAACCAUAUAUCAAUUCUGUGGAGGAAGAAAAAAACCCAAGUAAACCAUUUUUUUCUGUGGAGUCUGAAAUGUGCCAGAAGUACAGAGUAAUUCCCAGAAAGGGCUACCUGUGCCCAAAGAACUUGCAGUAUGUGUGUGGUGAAGACGGCAAGACGUACAACCAUCCUUGUUUGCUGUGUCAUGAAAAUCUGUUAAAUCAUACCAACAUCCGAAUGGUGAAGGAAGGGAAGUGUGAAGAUGAGCCUAGAGAAACCCUCCCACUAAAUUCUUCAGGCAUUGAUAAAUGAUUGAUGAAUCAGUUGGAACCUUGAGGAAAAGGUUCAAAUGCUCAGCCCUGAAAAGUCUGCCUUCACCCUUCUAUAUAUAUAUAAGGGACUCUUCUAAGCACGUAUUAUUUACUGUGCAGAACAAUCCUGAGCUACUGGGGAAAGGACAUACUGAUUUUCAGUCUUCCAUCCUUCUAUUCCCGGACUCUAUGAUCCUGGUGUGGAGACACAUGCUGCAUUCAGCCAGUGCUCUGAGGCCCCUGGUCACGGUGCUGUCUGUCCAUCUGCUUGUGCAAUAAAAGUAAACUUAGCAGAAUGAUCAUCUUACUUUUUGUUUCUGAUGGGACAUGAGCACAACUCCAGUGAGGGCUAAAAGAUAGCUUCUCUGGUCCUUUGCUAAAAGGGAAGCCUGAUGGAAGGCCACACAAGAUCAUUCUCAUCAUUAUUACAUACAGGCAUAGAAUGAGUCAUUCUCUAUUCAUCUCUGUCCUAAGUAGACAGGGCUAUUUCCUUUCACCUCUGUCUUACAGAAAGGGCCAUCUCCCUUCACAUCCAUUACACAUGGGCAGGACCACUGGCCUCGUAUCCAUCCCACACAGACAGAGCUAUCAGCUCUUACCUUUAUUCUACAAUGAUUGAACUAUCCCUUUUUUUCCUUUUUCAUCUCUAUUCCAUACAAAAAGAGCCAUCCUCCUUUAUGCCCAUUUCAAACAGGAAGAGCUUCCCCCUUUCAUCUCUACCAUGCACAAAAUGGAUCACCUUACAUUUUAACUUCUAUCCCUCUCAAUGGGCCUACUCCUAAUAGUCUCAUGAAAUCUCAUGCAGACCAAGCAAUAUCUACCAACUUUAAUCCAAUACAUGUACAAUCAGACUCACUCUUUCUUCUUCCAGUAUACAAUAUUACUGUUAAUAUGGUCUCUAAUCACAAUAGAUUUUGUAUCUCUCAUUGCAGAUUUUGAAGAAUAAAUAAAGAAAUAUUCUUCCUUCACAUUAGUUCCUCCCUUAUGCCUUUACCCAGGCUAGCAAUGUUGGGUAAAGGAGCUAUUUUGGAAACAGAAAAAAUGUAGAGGAGUAAAAGUCAGAAAGGUAGGAGGAGAUCAAAGAAAUGAUGUUGUCUAUGAAGUUAAAGAAGGACAGAUUACCAUGAGUAGUUAUAAGUUUCAAAAAGAGAGGUCAAAAAGGAUAAAGAUGAAAAAUGUUCAAUAUUGAUGAAUAAGUGAGAAAUGAUAGUACUUUAGUGUAGUAAAAGGUUCAAGGGAAGGCAUUCUUACUAUUUCUCACAUUUGAGAAUGUUUGUAGACAAGUGUAGGAAUAAGUGACAAUAAAGAUAUUAGAGAUGUAUGGGACAGUGGGAAGGUAGAGAAGAUUAAUGAAUUGUCUUAGUGAGGAUGGGAGGGAGUAGGAUAGAGCAGAAGCCUAAUAUUGCCUCUUUCACUCUGUUAUGGGAAACUUGCUAUUUUGAGGUCUCAUAAUUUAUGGAUCUGCAGAAUGUAGAGCCAAAAAAGAUGACAAAAAAGAAAGAGAUAAAAAAGAUUGUGGCAUAUGUCCAUGUAUGCAUAUACAAAGGAACAACCUGUGGCCCUAAAAUGUUGUAAAAUUUCUCCAGUUCAAUAAGAUCUGAAUCUAUUUAAUUCUGGACCCAUAUGAUCCAUAUAUAAUAAUGUAUCUCAAAAAGAUUCUCUAAUAAGUUCCUAAUUUUUUCUAUAUUGCUCAUUUCACUGAUAACUUUUGAAUGGCACUGGUUCUCAUUAAAGAGGCUUGGCAUCAUUCUGGGACUUGAUAUGAUCAGCCCAAAGAAACUGUAAUGGGGAGUAUAAAUGGUCAUCUUUAUCACAUACAGAAGAACCUCAACAUCUAUAGAAAAAUCCUUCCUCCAAUGAAAUUCUGUAGAAUGGCCUCUAUGAGAUGAUGGACAUCUUGAAAGAGAAUAGAUGUUCCAGAUUGAUGAUUUCCAGAAGAUCACAGAAUCGUUUUCUGUUUACAUGAAUCAAAGGUUGAUAUAUAAUCUCAAUAUAUUCAGAGAGACAAAUAGUUUGAAGAGUGACUCUAAAGGCACAUGUCAUUCUGAAUCCAUUAA